UUAAAUAUUUUUUUCUUAUGAUAAAGGUUGCAAAGAAAUCAGGUGUAAAAGCAGUUUCCAGUUCCAGUUCAGCCAGAGAUUCUGGCAACAAACAAGUGGAUAAAAGAACAGAAGAACCUGCCAACAUCUUCAAAAGAAGUGAUUCCAAGGUGUCAUCACCGAGUAGUUCAUCAGCAAAUCAGCCGUUUACCGGACUAGCAAGCUAUGCAGCAAAUCUAACGGGACGUGCCGGAAACGGUAACCGGUCAUGUCAGCCUGGACCCAAUGCCGGGCGACCAUCAAGCAGGGAUCGGUCAAAUAGCAUGACGGCAGCAAUAACGUCAAAACCACCCUCAGCUGGUCCGGUAAACAAAAAUCUGGCCGAGGCCUCUGCCAGACAAUCGAACAUUAGUAAAACAGCUCCAUGUCAGAAGCAGGGUUUAAAAACAUCAAGUGUAGACCCAUAUUAUAAACGAAUGCAAAUGAUGAAGAAAAAAGCUUCAAAGAAGUAAGGAUCAAAUCAAAUAUAUAUACUAACACAGAUUUUUGUUAAGCUAUAAGGUGCUUGCUUGGGUCAUUGUACCACAUCCUCAUGUGAAAAAAAGUUCCACCUAAUACACCAACGGAAAUAAAGUAUCUUCCCACUUUUAUUAUAAAGACAAUCGUAAAAGAAUGUAACUAUUUUACCAGAAUAGUUAAGUUAUUCAGUAGUGUAACUCAAAUCGUGGGUCUCAGAGCUGACAGUGUCAAGUAUGAUGUAGGGUUUUUUUGGCCAUGAAGUGGCUGUUUAUUUAUUUGGUCCUAAUUGCAACCAUACACUUCUACUAAGGUAACACCUCUGACACUUAAGUCUAUAUUUUAUGUUCUAUGUAAAUUCACAAUUUAGAUUUAUUUUGACCAAUUAUUUCAUUAUACACCUUUUAAUAAAAAUUGCAUUGAUGAUGAUGAUGAAGAGUAAAAAAAUUUUAAAACAGAACCUAAUCUUUGAAUGCUUACUUUCUCUCAAAAUUCUAAUAUUUCAUAAGCAUGCCAAUGAAAAGACAUGCUCGACUACAGACGAAAACAUAAAUUAUAUAACAAUGCUUGUUCACAAGACUGCAAUCAAAAGGGUACAGUGAAAUUGGCUGUUGAUAUUUUGUGACUUUUCAUAAUUCAGCCAAAGAAAAUUUCUUGGUUACCAAUAAUCAGUGACAACGUACAAAACGUAUGUAUGUUUGUGGAGGGGUCAUUUGCAUAUUUUGUAUCAUUCUGUAUCCAAUGACCAAGAAAAAUUCUGUGCUCAAAGUACUUCUAACGAAAUAGAUAUGUCGUCGACGUAUAUACAUCCUUUACAUCGGGGUGGGCGUAAAACUGGGUCAGAGGUACAGAGUGAAUUUUUGAUUAAGCACUGAGGGCCAUGCCCAAACUUUGAUUUUCCAGUGUGCUUCCAAAAACCUUGAAUAUGUUGACUACAUUUAUUUCUAUUUGUUCUUAAUUUGUAUGGUAAAUUUGUUUGAAUGGUAACGUUAAUUCACUUCUCUAAAUGUUAGAACAUUAUUAAAUUGCAUUCAAUAACCAUUCUCUUUUGGAUGAAAAUGGCUUUUAGAGUGAUUAUAGUCGUUGUUGUGUUGCCUAUUAUUUUGAGGUUCGUCUUUUAUUAGGCAAUUACGUCAUAUGAAAGUUGUCUAAUCAUUGCGACAUUUAAAAAUGCUGGCGUGACUUGACCAUACUAAUAUUAGAUGAAGCUGGAAUGUACAGUAUACUAGUAUAUGAUUCUCUGACAAGUUAUCAUGUAUGACCAAUAUUUGUUCAAUGAUAUCAGUAUUUUUGAGAAUUCAUAAGUACUUUGCAUUAUUAAAUAUUGAUCUAAAGAUUGAUUUUUGGAUGUGUGGUUGUAUAACAACUUAUCAACGAUAGAUUAAGCUGCAAAUAUGAAUAAAUACCCGUGGUUUAGAGCAUGUUAUAAAA